AUGUACAAAGUUUCUGCGACAUCAGCCAUUCGUCGGUUCUCCACUAAUUCCCGUGUUCUUGUCAAUUAUGGAUUUGUUGGUUUGGGACAAAUGGGUCAACAUAUGGCAAGACACAUUUACAAUCAAUUGGAAGUUGACGAUAAAUUGUAUGUGUACGACACUGUCCCCACUGCUGUUGAUCAAUUUGUAUCAAAUGUAACUCAACAAAAUGCCACCAAUAAGGAAAAAUUGGUGACUUUACCUGAUUUGAAAAGUUUUGUCACCGGUGUUGAUGGACAAUUGGAUUUCAUUGUUACUAUGGUCCCUGAAGGUAAACACGUCAAGGGAGUAGUUGAAGAUAUCGUUACUAGUUUUGAACAAAAUGGUUACAGCCCCGAUUACAACACCACCAUUAUUGAUUCAUCAACAAUUGAUAUCCCCACAAGUAGACAAGUGCACAAGUACGUUAAGGAAACAUUGCCACAAUUUGAUUUUAUUGAUGCUCCAGUAAGUGGAGGUGUUGCUGGUGCCAGAAAGGGUACGUUAUCAUUCAUGUUGAGUAGAGAAACCCAUCAAGAUGUAUCUCCAGCAUUGACCACCUUGUUGAACAAGAUGGGUAAAAACAUUUUCCCAUGUGGUGCCACCCACGGUACCGGAUUAGCAGCAAAAUUAUCCAACAAUUAUUUACUCGCAGUGACAAAUAUCGCCGUUGCUGAUUCAUUUCAAUUGGCUAAAGCUUUUGGACUCAAUUUACAAAAUUACGCCAAAUUGGUUGCUGUGUCAACGGGUAAAUCAUGGGCUUCAGUUGACAAUUGCCCCAUUCCAGGUGUGUAUCCGGAAAACAAUUUGCCUGCUGAUGUAGGUUACCAAGGUGGGUUUAUUACUAAAUUGACGAGAAAGGAUGUGGUGUUGGCCACUGAUUGUGCCAAGGACCAAGGUAGGUUUUUGUUUUUGGGUGAUGCCGGAAGAUAUUGGUAUGAUAAGGCUUGUGAACGUGAAGAUAUUGCUAAUCGUGAUUUGGCUGUCUUGUAUGAAUGGUUGGGAGAUUUGAAACAAGAGGCUGAUGGAACCGUUGUUGAUACUAAAGUGUCUAAAUAG